GUUAGUGCUCAAAUAAAGAAUGAUAAUGCUUAUUGGGGUAAUUGUGUUAUCCGGGCUCACCUGAGUGAUCCUGACAGUCCAUAUGAGAUUUUCUGCCGUACUACAAAUGAAGUUUAUCGCUUACGAAGACGUCAAGUGUCCAUCAAUGAGACGGAGGUGAAAAACUUGAGAUCUCAAAAGCUUCUACCCAGCAAUCAUGUUGAUCCAUUGGUAUCGCCGCAUUGUGAUUCUGAGGUCUUAAGGACAAAUGUGGGCCUGUCAAAUAGUGAAGAGAACAGGAAGCGGAGACGAAAGCCGAAAGAUUUCGGCGCAGACUGGAUUAUACCGGGGAAUCCCAGAAAACGCGUCAAGUCAGACUGUAUCAGAGUCAAUGAUAAUAAUGAUCUGGCAGGAAGACUGAAAGGUGAUGAAAUUGUAAGUUCUGGUUUGUUUCCCUUUUUCCGCCGCUGUACAUAUCACGAAGUUUUACGCAACCAACCGGUGAUGAGUAGGGUGGGUGAAAUCAGAUUGAAGAUAGAUAAUAUGUUUGUUUUAUCGAAUGAAUGUGUUCUGAAGAUUCAUUCGCAGGUAGGAUAAUAUUAUAAUCCUAGAGAGGAUGGAUGGAUGAGGUUAAUUACUGGGUAGUGAGUGUAUGUAGAGGUGAAGAUUAUCCGGACUUAAAAGUGUGUAAUUUGAUGGAUGGCACUUGAAUGUUUUUGGUACGGGAGUUGCCAACGGGAUGUACCUGCAAUAAUCUCCUGUGAGUGGUUGUGUGUGGUGUUGUCAUUGUGACUGGUACCCAGUACUCUUUGUUUGAAAUGCUUAAGCCUAAAUGUGUUAUUAGGGAGUAAAUACUGACUGAUUUGAUUGUUUUCAAUCGAUUCAACUACUCGUGAAAUCGUGGAGGUGAUAUUUAUGGGUGUGAGGUAGAGAGACAUUUAAAUUGAGGAGACUUUGCAGGAUGGUAUUAGAGAAAAAGAAGCUGACAGCCCGUAUAACUAUCCAGUUGUUUUAGUGAACAAAGGAGAUGGGAAUUAGAGACCCUGCAUGGAUUUCUGAUAGCUAAACAGCAUGACAGAGCUGAGACCGUGUGUGGCAUGCCAGCUGUAGUAGAUAGCGUGUAUUGUAUACAAGGCGCGAAUUUUUCACAGUGCUUGACCUCCGGUCACGAUAUUGUCAGAUACGGAUAAAGCAGAGCGACAGAGAUAAGACGGCGUUCAUCGCAUGGGUCAGAAAGAAUAUCGGUUUAAACACAUGGUAUUUGGACGACUAGCAGGUGUACUGUUUGCCUUCAGAGGAGUCGUUAGGUUGUUGAUCAGAAAGUUGAAGAAUGUGGAGGUGUACGGUGAUGACCUGUUCAUCUGCAGUCAAAACGAAAGCGAUCAUGUAAGCCAUGUUGAAGCCGUGUUAAAAGUCAUUGAAGAGUUUGGACUGCUCACCGACAGGACAAAAUCUCAGAUAGCCAAACGGAGUGUUACCGUGUUGGGUGAUAGAGGAGUGGGGAACGGUGAGAUAAAACCGCUAGCGGAGAAAAUCUUGUCGAUAAAGACCAUUACGGGCCCGGAUUCCAAGAGAAUGCUAGGACAGUUCGUCGGGAGAGCUGCAUUUUAUAGUCGAUUUGUGCAAACUUCAACAAGAUAGCAGACCCGGUGUACAGACUAUUAGAUGAUGAGUUGAAGUUUGUGUGGUCGGAAGAUUCGCAGAAGACAUUUGACAGUAUUAAACGUCUGUUAAACGACAGGAAAAUGACGCUAAGACUGCCUGUAUCGGGAAAACAGUUCACAGUGUACACAGAUGCGAGUGACUAUGGGAAAGGCGUAGUACUUGGACAGGGUGAAGCAGUUGUCGAAUAUGUCAGUGGUAUUUUAACACACAGAGCAAAAGUAUUCAACGAUAGAGAAAGAAUGUUUAGCAAUAGUAUGUAUGGGCGGUAGACAAAUGCAGACCGUUAUAAGGAUGAAACUCGGGCACUGAUAUGAUUAUGAGGAAUAAAUUGUGCUCGAAACGUCAUCAGUAUAUAUUACUGUAUAACACUGUGUGACUUUAUCAAAAUGAAAUUUUAUCCAUAGUGAAAUGGAGACCGUAUUGACUCGGCCAACAGUUGCACAUCUAAAGUGAUCACAAGUCGCUAGAUUUUCUGAGGAUGGCGGAAGGCCCACGUGGGGACUUGUCCAGGUGGAUGUUGAGCCUGCGAAAUUAUGACUUCAUCAUCUCACACGUCCCCAGCAACGGAACUUGUUUGGCCGAUUUCUUAUCUAGACGAGAUGACGAAGCUGAGUUACCGGAGAUUGCUUAUGGAGUGGAUGCAUUGUAACAAGAUGCAUUCAGACAUGCUAUCAGUCACAAGUCGGACACUACCCUGAAUACAGUAAUACGGGAGAUCACUAACGGAAUA